AUGAGUCGACAGUGUAGCUCUAGGUCCGUGUGCCACAGCGGCAGGGCCUUCAGCUCGGGCUCUGCAGGCCUCAUCAACUUCAACCGCAGAUCCACCAGCUGCUCCAUGCGUCGCAGUGGAGGCGGCGGCGGCGGCGGUGGCGGCGGCGGUGGUGGGAGAUUUUCAGGAGGGUUCUGCGGCAGUCGGAGUGGUGGCAGUGGCGGCUUUGGAAGCCAGAGUCUUGUCAACCUUGGAGGUGGCAAGAGUAUCUCCAUGAGUGUGGCAGGAGGAUUUGGACGCGGUGGUUUUGGCGGCGGCGGCUUCGGUGGCGGCUACGGUGGCGGCUUCGGUAGUAGCGGUUUCGGCGGCGGUAGUGGCGGUGGCUUCGGCAGCGGUGGUUUUGGGGGAGGUGGUUUUGGAGGUGGCGGAUUUGGAGGUGGUAGAUUUGGUGGUGGUUUUGGGCCUGUCCGCCCCCCUGGUGGCAUCCAGGAAGUCACUGUCAACCAGAGCCUUCUGCAACCCCUCAAUGUGGAGGUCGACCCCGAGAUUCAAAAAGUAAAGUCUAAAGAAAGGGAGCAGAUCAAAACACUCAACAACCAGUUUGCCUCCUUCAUCGACAAGGUGCGCUUCCUAGAGCAGCAGAAUCAGGUGCUGCAGACCAAAUGGGAGCUGCUGCAGCAGGUGGACACCUCCACGCGGACCCACAGUCUGGAGCCCUACUUCGAGUCAUUUAUCAGCAACCUCAGAUCGAGAGUGGACCAGCUGAAGGGUGACCAGUCACGGAUGGAUUCAGAACUGAAGAACAUGCAAGACCUGGUAGAGGAUUACCGGAACAAGUAUGAGGAUGAGAUCAACAAGAGAACGAAUGCAGAGAAUGAAUUUGUGACCAUCAAGAAGGAUGUAGAUUCUGCUUAUAUGACCAAGGUAGACCUUCAAGCCAAAGUGGACAACCUUCAGCAGGAAAUUGAUUUCCUCACCGCACUCUACCAGGCGGAGUUGUCUCAGAUGCAGACUCACAUCAGUGAAACCAAUGUCGUCCUGUCCAUGGACAACAACCGCAGCCUGGACCUGAACGGCAUCAUCGCGGAGGUCAAGGCGCAGUAUGAUGACAUCGCCCGGAGGAGCAAGGAUGAGGCCGAGAGCUUCUAUCAGACCAAGUAUGAAGAGCUGCAGGUCACUGCUGGCAGACAUGGUGACAGUGUGAAAACCUCAAAGAUGGAGAUUUCUGAGCUGAACCGGGUGAUCCAGAGGCUUCGAUCCGAAAUCGACAGUGUCAAGAAGCAGAUCUCCAACCUGCAGCAGUCCAUCAGCGAUGCUGAGCAGCGUGGUGAUAAUGCCCUUAAAGAUGCCCAGGGCAAGUUGAACGAUCUGGAGGAUGCCAUGACACAGGCCAAGGAGGAGCUGACUCGGCUGCUGAGGGACUACCAGGACCUGAUGAACACCAAACUGGCCCUGGACAUGGAGAUUGCCACCUACAGGACCCUGCUGGAAGGAGAGGAGAUCAGGAUGUCUGGAGAGUGCACGCCCAACGUGAGCGUGUCUGUGAGCACCAGCCACACCAGCAUGAGCGGAAGCAGUAGCCGAGGCGGUGGAGGUUACAGCGGCGGCGGCAGCUACGGCUCCGGUGGCGGCGGCGGCGGCGGCGGCAGCUACGGUUCCGGCGGCGGCGGCGGCGGUGGCUAUGGCUCCGGAGGCAGCAGCGGGGGCCACCGAGGAGGCUCCGGCGGGGGCGGCGGGAGCAUGUCGGGCGGCCGCAGCUCUGGCGGCGGCGGGAGCUCGGGAGGCAGCUAUGGGGGUUCCUCGGGAGGCCGGGGAUCCAGCUCCGGGGGCGUGAAGUCCUCGGGUGGCAGUUCCAGCGUGAAGUUUGUGUCCACCAGCUAUUCCCGGGGGACCAGAUAAAGGGGCGCUCGCCAUCCCACCAGCUCUUCCUUCUCCAUCAACCUCCACCACACACACACACACACACACUAGGCAUGACACAAGUCAGCUGGUCCUGCCUUAUUGGAGAAAAAGAGCUAUGGUGAUUCGCAACGUUUCAGCCUAUUUCCUCCCCCUCCCGCCCCCCGCUUUUAUCUUUUCUGCUCUGCUUGCGAAGAAGACCUCAGAUCCGUAGUGAUCGCUUUGCGCUUUGCCUGAGAAACAGUUCCAGCAGUGGGACCCAGCCUGUGGCAUCUCAAAGAGCCCUGUAACCCAGCCAGCGGGGCCCCGGGCCCAGGGCUGCUUUGCCGGGCACCGAGCGCCCCAGGGCUCUGCCCAGCUCCCCAACUACCAGGUCUUCGCAGCAGCUCUGUGCUCUUUUUGGUUUUUGUACAUAAGGUGUGUGCCAGUUGUUUGUCUUUUGUGGGAGCGCUCUGAAAACUCCCCGUUUCCUUGUUUUGCUGCAAUAAACUGCAUUUGAAAUUCUCAAA